AUGGGCGUACUUUUGUCACUUCCGAUAGCCGCUUCGACGGCUGCAGCAUCUUUCUUUGCAUCACUGAUAGGCUCGCUUUCUUCCACGGCUUUAGUUUCGACUUUCAAGUCGUUGAGUGGGGGUUCUAGCUCCUUAGCUACAAGAUUAAACUAUGCAAUGCUGCUUCUGCUGAACUCACUGGUGUCUUGGGUAUCUAUGUCGACAAAUUAUGCCUUCCUAUGGCGUGGCAAGACAUGUACUUCGACCGGAGAAUGUGGUUUUUUCACAGUCCAUCGUCUCAACUUCUCGCUGGGCUUGCUGCACCUUCUACUUUCGUCGCUCAUGGUGAACGUCAAAUCGACCACAGAUCGUCGAGCCUCGUUGCAGAACUCGUGGUGGCCUCUGAAACUACUUGCCUAUGUUUUUUUGGUGGUAAUAUCAUUCACGAUCCCUAACGGCUUUUUCGUAUUUUUCUCCAAAUGGAUUUCUGUUCCAUCCGGGUCUCUGUUUAUUCUGAUUGGGCUGGUACUCUUGGUCGAUUUUGCUCACGAAUGGGCUGAGAAAUGCAUUCAGCAUGUCGAAAUUGAGGAUGAAAACUCCUCAAAGUGGCAGAAAUUUCUAGUCUUUGGUACUGGCGGCAUGUACGUGGGGUCUUUGGCCAUGACAAUUACAAUGUAUAUCAUGUUCUGCCAAAGCAACUGUACAAUGAAUCAGGUAUCUGUGACGGUUAAUUUGCUGCUCAGUAUCAUUACUACAGGACUAUCAAUACAUCCCAAAGUUCAAGAAUACAAUCCCAAGUGUGGUUUAGCUCAGAGCAGUAUGGUGGCCAUCUACGGAACGUACUUAACAAUGAGUGCGCUAGCUUCUGAGCCUGACGACCGUCAGUGCAACCCGUUUGUCAGAUCCGACCGUACCCGCAAAUUCAGCGUUGUUCUAGGCUCCCUUUUCACCUUCGUCGCAAUAGCGUAUACCACAACGCGCGCUGCGGCCAACUCUGCUUUCAACUCAGGCGGACAGCAUGUGUUUUUAGACGGAGACGACGACAUAGCUUACGAAGGGAUUGGACAAAGCAGAAGCCAGCUUCGGAUCGAAGCCAUCAGACAGGCGGUUGAUGAGGGCGUUUUGCCCGAAAGUGCUCUAAACGAUACUACAUGGGCCAAUGGCUCGAACGAAAUUGGUGAGAAUGGUGAUGACGAGCGCAUCUCAACGAAAUACAACUACUCGCUGUUUCACAUUAUCUUUUUCUUGGCUACACAAUGGAUAGCUAUUCUACUUACCGUCAAUGUGACUAAGGACGAUGUGGGCGACUUCAUUCCCGUGGGAAGAACCUAUUUUUACUCGUGGGUUAAAGUAAUAAGUGCCUGGAUCUGCUAUGGUCUCUACGGCUGGACGUUAGUGGCACCAAUGGUUCUACCCGACAGGUUCGGGUAUAACGAGUAUUGA